AUUGUUGCAAUUAAAUUAAUAAAAAAAAAGGCAUUUAACUAAGGAUAAAUUUUAUUUUCUUUUACAAACUCUGUUUUAAAAAAAAAAAAAAAUUCGCAGUUUUCUGUUUCAGAUGAGAAUGAGAUCAAAUUGAUCAAUACACUUGCCUGCCUACCUCCCUUGAUUCCCUCUCUUCCUCCGCUCUCUCUCCCAAUCCCUCAAACCUCACAAACCCUAGAAAUCUAUCUCCUUUAUGAACAAUUCCCCGCCCAAUUGAUCUCUCUUUGAGCCUCAGCAAGACAAGCGUUUCCCGAUCUCUGCAAAAUAUUUUCUUCUGAUGAUGGCUGAUGCGAAAUUGGGCCUCCCCGAUCAACUCUUUUCCUCCAACCCCUCUUUUCAACACUCCUCCGGUGAUGCUUCAGGAGCUAAUGUUGAGGAGAAGAGACUGUUGGGAUUGCUUGAUGUAACAAAAGAUCAUUCAGCUUCAGAUAGCAGUUUGCCUCUCUCUCCUCAAUGGCUUUAUGCUAAAUCGGCUGAUGCCAAGAUGUUUGCUACUGGAGCAUCAUCUGUUCCAGAAAUACAAGCACCCAACUCUUUGCCCCAUGGAGCAUCAACUCAUUCCAAUCUGAAAGAUAGUUGGCGUUCGGAUGGAUCUCAGGACAAGAAAGAAUGGAGGAGGCCUGCGUCUGGUGUUGAAGGUAAUCGUCGCUGGCGUGAAGAAGAGAGAGAAACAAGCUCACUUGGUAGAAGAGAUCGCAGAAAAGAAGAUCGUCGUGGUGAUCUCAGCUCUUCUAGAGAUGCUUCUGAAAAUAGACCUUUAUCUUCUGAUCGUUGGCAUGAUGUGAACAGUCGGAGUUCUGGGCAUGAAUCUCGAAGAGAUAGUAAAUGGUCUUCAAGGUGGGGUCCUGAAGAGAAAGAGAAGGAUUCUCAAAAUGAGAAGAAGACAGAUGCUUGGAAGGAAAAUACUCAUACUGAUAAGCAAUCUCUUGUUAGUGGCAGCCGCACAGCUGCUGAGAAUGAGAAUGAUUCUCGUGACAAAUGGAGGCCAAGACACCGUUUGGAAAUUCAUGCAGCUGGUUCAGCAUCACAGCGAAAUGCCCCAGGAUUUGGGUUGGGGAGGGGACGUGGAGAGGGAUCAAAUAUCCGAUUUGCUCCAGGACGAGGAGGGUCUAAUGUCACUGGGGAGGGUCCCUCUGUAUCUGUCAUUGGGUCCAUUCUCACAGGAAAAAAUAACACUGGUGGUGCAUAUUUCUAUCCUAGGGCUAAACUUCUUGACAUCUACCGUAAGCAAAAAACUGUUUCCAAUUUUGAUGCCGCACCUGAUAUGAUGGACCAUGCAGCGCCAAUAACACAGACAGAUGCCAUUGAGCCAUUGGCUUUUGUUCCUCCCGGUGCAGAGGAAGAGGCUGUCCUGGGAGAUAUUUGGAAAGGAAAAAUUACAAGCAGUGACGUUUCACACAACCUACUAGGAGACAUGAAUGGGGGAUCAAAUCCAAGCUUCAGAGAUGCGGAAAACUCCUCAGUUCACUGGGAAGAAGAAAUGGUUGCAUCUUGGGAGAAGGUUGCUGUAGACAAUAAUUGUCAGGAGAGUGGAGCUGAGACAUUAGAUGUAUCUGACUUGGAGAUUGCUAUGGCACAGGAAACUAACACCUUGGAAGAAGAGAAACAGAGAUGUCCAUCAGCAAUUGGAAUGCCUGUAACUGACUCAUUGGUGCUGGAUAGGAAGAAUGGUAGCUUGAGAAAUGAUAUUGAUGAACUGAAUUUUUUUGACAACCAGCAAGUGGCAGAUUUGAAGUUUCUGAAGCACUCUAAUGUGGCAGUUACCAAAUCAGCUAGUCCUUUUGAAGUUGCUAACCAGCUUCCAGGGGAUUCAAGUUCUCUAUUUGAUUUUCAGUUGCUGCAGCCAACCCCAAACAGUGAUCAGCUCAUUCUUAAGGGCAAUAAUGAGGCAUGUACUCUGGGAAGUCUUAUCCCUCCAGAAGACUUAAGUUUGUGCUAUCUUGAUCCUCAAGGGGUUAUACAGGGACCAUAUUUGGGGAUUGACAUUAUUACAUGGUUUGAGCAAGGCUACUUUGGCACAGAUCUGCCAGUUAGAUUGGCAGAUGCCCCUGAGGGAUCAGCUUUCCAGGAACUUGGUGAAGUCAUGCCACACUUAAAAAUAAAUGGUAGGCCAUUGUCCAACAAUAAUUCAGUUACCAGCUUACAACCCACCGAUGCUGCCCAGGCUCAUGCUUAUGACUUGAAAAGGUCUGUUGUUUUAAGUGAUCAACAGCAGAACUCAUCUGGUUUUGUGUCUGCUUCUGCUAAUCAUAAUUAUCGCUCUGAGCACCAGCAUCCCGAAGAUCAGAGCUUCAGCAUUGCUGCUCCAGAAGAGGACAUUAUCUUUCCAGGAAGGCUAGGAAGUGGUAUUAGCAACCAUCUAAACCCUAAUUCUGACUUCAGUAGUUCACUUUUAAAUCCAGUUAGACACUCUUUCCUUCAAAAUGAAUUUUCACGGACCAUCAUGCCAUCUCAUCAUCAUGAUGAUUUGCAUCCUUUUGGCAAGUUGAUGUCUGAGCAGAGAGGCAGCUCAGCUUUGAGACAUUCUCAAUCAUCUAUUAUGGCAUCAAGCAUAAGUGAUAGGGGUCACUUUCAUGAUCCUCUGCUAAAUAGAGAUGCCAUGUUUGCUGGUCAGAGCUCUGUUAGUACAGUGGCUGAACAACCAUCUCUUCCAGAGACAUGGUCUGAUGAGUAUAUAAGAAAUGGUCUGCCUAACUCAAACAUUAAUUUAGGGACUGCAGGUUCUCUUCCAAUAUCUCACAGGGAGCAAGAUUAUGGUUUUGAUUUAGCACAGCAUCUGAUGCUGCAAAAGUUGCAGCAAGAUCCAAUUCGACAGCAAAAUCAUCUGUCACCUAAUCUCUUUCCACAUUUGACUGGAUUAGGUAUCAAUCUUAUGCAGAGCAACAAUCCCAAUCUCCAGCCUUCAGUUCAUUCAUCACCAGAUGUGGAACAUCUUUUGGAACUUCAGUUUCAACAACAGCAGCAGCAGCAGCUUCGUCAAAACCAGAUGAAGUUGCUGCAGCAGCAGCACCAACAGCAAUCUCAAGCUCAACAGUUGCUUCUUGAGCAAAUGCUGCAGCGUCAGAUGUUAGAUCCUGGUUAUGGGCAGCCAAAGAUAGAUCAUGUUAGAGACAACCUACUUGAUCAGGCUCAAUUAAGGAUUAAUCUUCUUCAUGAAAUGCAACAGAGUGCUCAUGCUUCAAGGCACCUUGACCCAUCUGUGGAGCAGAUCAUCAAAGCAAAAAUUGCCCAGAAUGCACUGCGAGGGCAGCAAACUGAUUUGUUGGACCUUAUAUCACAAGCAAAGCAUGAAAAUAUGCUCCAUGCAGAACAGCAGCUGUGCCUUCAACAAGAACAGUUGCAGGCACAGCAGUUAUCUGCAGCAUUGAGGCAACAGUUUGGAAUGGAGGUGGAAAGAGACUUUCCUGGGCCAUGGUCUGUUGAGGAACCUGCUCGGUUUAUCAGGAAUUCCUCUGGUCAUCACCAGGCUGAAUCAGUUGGUUUCAAUGCUUCAGAUCUUUACCAGCAGAGACUUUUGUCUCAUCAUGAGCAAUUUGGCCAGCCUAAGCAGAAUCAUGUCUUGCAGGAACAACAGCAGCCAGCGUUUUUUGACCCCAGUUCAAGAGCAUUUGAGAGGUCUGUUUCUGUUCCUGCUUCUGCUCCGGGGAUAAACUUGGAUAGCAUCAAUACUUUGAAGAUAUCAGAAGGACAACUAUGUAUACCAUCCAGUGACAAACUGGUUUCUUUUUCUUCUGGUAACCCAUCAUUUGUUCAACAAGUGUCAGGUGAUUUUUAUGUUUCCCAUCAAGAUGCGAUAGGGAGUUAUUGUGAUGAGAACUAUGGACAGCUGGAAAAUAGUUGGAUUGGAAAAGGUAUGCAGAAUUCUGAGUGGCAAAGAAAGGAGUCAGAAGUUAUUGUGACUUCUGCAGAGUCAGGUGUUUGGGCAUCAGCUGGAGGAGUUGAUGAAAACUCAAGGACAGCUUUAAUGAACCUUCUCCAGCAAAAACUGGAUAUUCGAUCUGAAGAGACAUCAGAAAUUGAUUAUCAACAUUCCGUGCCAUCUCCCAGAGGUCAGGGAACCUUUUGGCCAGUAUCUGAGCCACAUCCUUCACAUGUUCCCUUCCAUCAUUUCUUAAAUCAGGAAGUCAGUGUGAACAACACAUUUUUCCAAGGUCCUCAAAAUUGCAACUCAAGUGCCUUGUUGCAAGAGCAUUUGUUUCGAGUUCCUAUGAGCAAAGAAGUUAACCACGUGGGAAACACUGAAAAAUUGCCCCCUCAGUCCAAUUCUGACAGAUUUGCCAAAGAACAAUUACUCUUGUUUGGCUCUCAAGAUUCUUCUAGUACCACCCUUGUAGAUGCUAGCUUGCUUAACAAAUCAGCUGUGGAUAGAGAGUUAGCAGAGGUGGAUGGGAAGGAGGAUAAAAAUGAGUUGAAAGGCAUGAUUGGAAAAAUGAGGUCUGUUUCAGGUUUCGAAGAUAAUUUGGUGGAGCAAGCAGGAGGUGCAGUGGACAGUAGGCAGCUACCAAUUAAUUCCCACAACAGACAGAAUUCUCUCAGCAGUGAUGGUAUGAAUGGAGGUGUAUAUGGCUAUGAAAUUGGAUUAAAAUCACUUGGAGAAGAUAAUUCUGCAGACAGGUUACCCUCAACAUUACCGGAAAAAAUUGACAAUACUUUGCGGAAUUGCCCACCCAUGCCUCAGAUUUCAUCGCACGAUGUGUUUACUGAUGCAUACUAUGAGACACCUAUCAAGUUGAAGACUCCGACAAACCUUGCAAGUUCUGAUGAAGGAAAUCAAGAGGCUGCAGGAAAUCCAGCUGCAAGCAGGACAGCAGAAGCCCAGGCAUCUGGAGGAAGAGAUGUACGUUGCAGGAGGACCUCAUCAUGCAAUGAUACUGCAGUAUCGGAGGCAUCAUUUAUGGAUGUUCUUAAGAAACCAGUACAGCAUGGGGCCGAUGCAGCAUAUGGCCCUGCCUGGGAGUCAUCUGAUGGUGGUGGUUCACAAGCCGGGCGCAGUGGCAAGAAAAAGGGUAAAAAGGGUAGACACAUAGACCCUGCCCUCCUUGGCUUCAAGGUAACCAGCAACCGCAUACUGAUGGGCGAAAUUCAACGACUUGAAGACUAACCAAAUGUACCCAUCUCAUACUGUAUCCAUCUUCUGCUGUAUUUUUCUUGUAAAUUAUUACCCAAUUCUUUCUGUAAAUAAAUAUUGUACAGUUAAUUUCAAAGCCAUUUUGCAUGGUAAUUUUACAGAUUCUUUUUUCAGAAAAGAAAUUCUAUAGCAUCAU